AUGGGUUCAUUAUGGCUGCAAAAUCUUGUUGGCUUUCAACUGAGUGAAGAUGAAAUGAAAGAUAUUCCAUAUCCAAAAGUUGAGUUAAACACCCAUGUCACGUUCAAGUGCGUUCAAGUGUUUGGAAUAUUUGGAACAGCCUUGGGGCCUCUUGUUGCCCUGUUAAAUCCCAAGAAAAGAAAUGUCCAGGCCCUAAUAAGCUCAAGUACCAAGUUUGGCAAAUACGGGGUAAUACUAGGCUGUUUUUUAGGGCCUGCCAUGACAUUUGCCAGAUUAAAUUCUAUAAAUGCAUCUGACGAAUCUAUAUAUGAUAGAUGCUACAGGUUGAGAUACAAUAGAAAUCAGGUAAAAGUUGAUAGAGGCUUCGUUUUCGGGGCAACAUCAGGUGUGGUUUUAUUUCCUUUAAUUUUCAAGAAGUGUCCAAUUUUCGGAGGUCUAACUGGAAUGACCCUUGGAGUUAUAUCUGCUGUUGUUUACAACGCCAACAUUGCCAAAUGA